UAGUAUGAUAUCCAGGUUUUUUUCUUUUGUCAUGGUCUUCUGGUAGACCAAUGAUUCUUAAAUUGUCUUUCCUCGAACGAUUUUCUAAAUCUUCUUCUUUGUGAAUGAGAUGCUUCAUAUUUUCCUCAAUUGUGUCAUUCUUUUGGUUUUGUUUUAUAGUGUCCUGCUGCCUUGUGAGGUCACUUAAUUCUAGUUGUUGCAUUCUGGUUCUUAAAAACUGGAUUUCAUCCCUGGCUUUUUGGUCAUCCUUCUCCUUCUGGUCUGAUUUUCUUUGGAGGUCAUCUUUCAUUGUCUUUACCUCAUCUCUCAUCUCCUUUGCCUCAUUUUUAAGCUGGUUGAUUUUGGCUUUCAGGACACUAUUGUCUUUUUCCAGAUGACUUUUCUUAGUUCUUAAGUUCUUUUCCCAAUUGUCUUCAGCCUCUCUUAAUUGUGUUUUGAUUUGCAUUUUGAGUUCUUCCAGACUGUAUCCAAUUCAGUGGGAUUUCUGUUUCAUUGUUUGAUGAUCCCUCCUCUGUUCCGUUUGUUCUUUGUUCGUUGCCUGUAUAGAAGCUGUCGAUUUUCAUUUCUUUUUUCUUUUUCUGUUGUUCGCUCAUAUUUACCCCUUCUUUACUCCCCAGAUUUGUCUAUGCUCUUGUUCCUCUCAUUUUUUUGGUUUUGGGUCUCCCUUCUUGCAGGUUUGCCAGGAGAUUUCUCAUUGUAGUCUGUGGGGGAGGGGUGUUAGAGUUUUAGCUUCCCUGUCCUCUGGAGGCUUUUGUUUGGAUUAAAGUCCAGCAGUCUGUGAGGGAGGGGUGUUGGAGCUUGGGAUUUCAUAACCUCUGAAGACUUUUGAUGGGAUUAAGUUCAGCUGGGUUGGGCUGGAUGUGCUCUGAGGCCAAAACCUCCUGGAAGUCCGGAGCAAUAUGGAGGGUCUCCACCACUGUGAUCAGGCUGCCCGCUCUGCGCUCCCUCUCUAGCUCCUUCCCCACUGCCCGUGUUCAACGCUCUGACCUUGGCACAACCCUGCCCACAAGGUAUACCCUCCAGACCAGUGCCUUUGCCUGCCCAGAGGUUCCUGCUGUCACUGGAGGCUUAGCGCUUUUGGUGAUGGGGGAAGGGUCCUAGGACCUUUCUUCUUCCUUCCCCUUAAACCCGAGUGUUCUCAAAUUCUGGCUUUUGGGGGGGGUGUACCUUUUGGAUCGAGUCCAGCAGUAGGGUUCCUUUGCUCUGUCUUAUUGUUAGGUUUGAUUUUCAGUCCCCUAGGAACAUUUAGUUUGUAAUUGGUAAGGAAGGGUAUUCAGAGGUCUGAACUUUUGCUGCUUCUACACUGCCAUCUUGACUCCGCCUCUUAAGCACCCUUUAAAUCUAGCUCCCAUCCAACCCCACCACAGGAAUCACCUUGGUCACAGACUUAGGCUGCCAUCUGCACUGUACCUUCAUGUAGCAUGUGAGCUCCCCACUGUAACAGUUAAAAUUAGGGGGCCAUGCUGUGGCAGGUAUUAAAUUUUUAGAGUUUUAUUAAAGGUUGAGAAUUUGAGAAUAUACAAGUAAGAGAAGCAUGUGCUAGGUGGGCCGAGAGGCCCAUUUUAACCUCACCUACAUCAUGAAAGAGCCCUCUGCUUACAAGUGGAAACAGGAAAAAGACCCCAGUAGCCUUUACAGUCAGGUUAAAUACCCUAUCUCGCUCUUGGCCCAGGUGAGGUUACAAGGCAUUCUGGGAGCCAGAGCAAGGACUUCUGGGGUUUGGAGUCCAGAGUUCAAGUCUCCAUUUUUACACCACCUCCCAGCACCUUACCCCAGUCAGGGGAGGGAAGAGCUUCUCCUAGUGGGCUUCUAGGCAGAGGGGUGAGGGAAGUAAGAAAUAUCCUCAGGUGCAUGGAGAAGGGGAGGGGAACAGCUCUGCCCUGAGUCCCUCUGGCUUUCUGGUAAGGAACUCUGGGGGGUGAUUGCACAAGUGUCCACAGAGAGGGCCCUGCAUGCCCUGCAUGCUUUUUGGGCAUAUGUGCCAUAGGUUUGUUAUUGUGGCCUUAGGGUAAUAGAUGCUUUUAGCCUGCCAUUUGAAACCCUUCACCCACUAGCUACCACAACUUUUCUAGAUUGAUUACUCCUCUCCCUUUAAUUUAUGUUAUAAUAAAACUGGCCUGCUUGCUAUCCCUGAACCAGCCUCUGCAAAUAUACAUUCUAUGUCUCACACCUGGAGAAUGGCCUCCCUCCUCAUUUCAAUUUUUUCCCGUUUAAGGUUCUACUCUGAUGUUAUCCCCUCAAUGACACUUUUCUUGAUAUCUCUCACUAGUAAAUAUUCCCUCUUGCCUUGAACAUGGAUCUCUCUUUUGAUCUAUCACAUUCAACUUUUUGUUGAAUUUUAUCUUGUUGGUCUGUGCAGUUGAAAAGGCUUUAAGUCAUUGAUUAAAAAAAAAAAGGCAGUUUGUCUAGUUUACUACUGGAUUUGGAGUUACUGAGACCUGAAUUUGAAUUCAAACUCAGGAUCUUGUUAGCUAUGUGUCACUGGGCAAGUCUGUUCCUCAAGUUUCCUCAUAUGUAAAAUGUAUAUAACUCUACUUACCUGUCAGGAUUGCUAUGAGGAUCAAAUGAAAAAACAUGCAAAGGACUUUGCAAACUUUAAGGAAAUAUAGAGUUAUGAGAAGUUCAAGGUGGAGAGUAUAAUUACCACUUGAAGGGAAUCAGAGAAGGCUUUAGGAAGUGACAUUUAAGUUAGCCAUUAAAUAAUGUGUAGGAAUUUAAUAGGUGGAGGAAUUAAGGAGAGACUCUUCUAGGCAUACGGCAUAAGUAAAGCCCUGGGCUGAGAGGAAUUCCGAGUGUGUUCAGUUUGGCUGAAGUUUAAGAUCAUGUGAAAGGGAUUUUCUUAGGUGCCAAAUCCAAUGGACUUUUCUCUAGAAUCUUUCUCCUUGACUUUUCUAAGGAUUGUUGAUCACUUUCUCCUUUUUGAGAUUCUCUUCUCUCUAGAUUUCUGGGACAUCACUCUUGCCUGAUUCUUGCCCUGUCUAUCUACUUCUCUUUUCUGUUUCAUUUGCUGCAUCUUCUUCUAUAUCAUGCCCUCUUACUUUAGGUGUCCCUCAGGGUUCUGUCUUAGACAUUCUCUUCUUCUGUAAUACGUCACUUGAGGAUUUCAUUAGCUUCCAUCAUUUAAUAACCAUCUAUGCUGAUGAUUCUCAAAUCUCCUAUCCUGCCUUUCUGCUAAUCUCCAACUGCCUUUCAGACAUCUCAAACUGGAAAUAUGAAGAAAGCAAGAUGGAAGAUAAAUCCCACAAAAUUGAACAUAUCAAAAAAGUAUAACACUGCAUAUAUGUUAGAUAUAUGUGAUAUGAAGAUAUCCACAUCUGUGCAUAUGUGUAUAUAUAAAUUUUUUUCCAAAAAGGACAAAGGAAUUGAAAUCUGCUGUCCAUAGUGCUCCUGGCUGGAAGUUAUUUGGUAAAGUCCCACCCAGGGAGAAUCUUCAGAAAGCUUCGAAAAUUAUUCAGCAGGAAUAUGAAGCACGAACAGGAAGGACAUGUAAACCUCCACUUCCAUCCACAAGACGUAAAAAUUUCGAAUUUGAACCACUUUCAACAACUGCUCUCAUUCUUGAGGACCGACCAUCAAAUCUUCCUGCCAAGUCAGUUGAAGAAGCUUUACGUCAUAGACAAGAAUAUGAUGAAAUGGUGGCUGAGGCUAAAAAACGAGAAAUUAAAGAAGCACAUAAAAGAAAAAAAAUAAUGAAAGAACGAUUUAAACAAGAAGAGAAUAUUGCAAGUGCGAUGGUGAUAUGGGUCAAUGAGAUACUACCAAAUUGGGAAGGAAUGCGAAGUACAAGGAGAGUUAGAGAACUGUGGUGGCAAGGACUGCCUCCUAGUGUUCGUGGAAAAGUAUGGAGUCUAGCUGUGGGCAAUGAACUCAAUAUCACUCCUGAACUUUAUGAAAUUUUCCUCUCCAGAGCAAAGGAACGAUGGAAAAGCUUCAGUGAAACAAGUACAGAGAAUGACAUAGAAGAUGUAGGUGUGUCAGUUGCUGACCGGGAAGCUAGUCUGGAAUUAAUUAAACUGGACAUAUCUCGCACAUUCCCUUCUCUCUACAUCUUUCAGAAGGGUGGCCCUUAUCAUGAUGUCUUACAUAGUAUCUUAGGAGCAUAUACGUGUUACAGGCCUGAUGUUGGUUAUGUCCAAGGGAUGUCCUUCAUUGCUGCAGUACUUAUUCUCAACUUGGAAGAGGCGGAUGCUUUCAUUGCCUUUGCAAAUCUCUUGAAUAAGCCAUGCCAGCUGGCCUUUUUCCGAGUAGAUCAUAGUAUGAUGCUGAAAUAUUUUGCAACGUUUGAAGUAUUCUUUGAAGAAAAUCUCUCCAAACUGUUUCUUCACUUUAAGUCUUAUAGUCUUACUCCUGACAUAUACUUGAUAGAUUGGAUCUUCACGCUAUAUAGCAAAUCACUUCCACUUGAUCUGGCCUGUCGAGUUUGGGACGUCUUUUGUAGAGAUGGAGAAGAAUUUUUAUUUAGAACAGGAUUAGGAAUCCUUCGACUAUAUGAAGAUAUACUUCUGCAAAUGGACUUUAUUCAUAUAGCACAGUUUUUAACCAAACUGCCAGAGGACAUCACAUCAGAAAAGCUUUUCAGCUGUAUAGCAGCUAUUCAGAUGCAAAAUAGCACCAAAAAAUGGACACAGGUGUUUGCAUCUGUAAUGAAGGAUAUUAAAGAAGGGGACAAGAACCAUAGUCCAGCACUGAAAAGCUAAUCUUCACAAUUAAAAGAGUAAUUAAAUGUAGAAAACAAGUCAUUAAAACAUUUUUUUUCUAUGUGAAAAACAUUAGAGAAAAAUAUUGGAGAAAUCCAGAAGAAUCAAGAGAGAUGGACAAAUGUUGAAUUUUCACUCAGUGGCAAAAGUAGAUAAAUGGAUAUCCUGUUGCCAGUAUUAUUUUUUAAAGUAUUGUGUGGGGAAAACAAUUUUCACAAGAAAAACUGAAAGUGGCUAGUUCAUAUUCCAUAAUUUGAGGUAAAGAGUUUAAUGCAAUAAAAUUUUUAAUAAUCUUGGUUGGUACUUAAAGUUUUGGAGGCAUGAUUAUUUUCUUUUUAACAGUUACCAGAAAGGCACUUUUGGAGGUCAGAAGGGGCCAUGUUAAAUAGUAUGAACCCCAAACUACUUUCAGAACCAAACCCCUCGAUACAGAUAUUACCUCCAGAUUUAACCAGUUGAAAAUACUAUGGACCAAAUAAAUUUCUUUGUUGUCUAUGUGCCUAAGAAUAUGAAACAUUGGGUUAAACAUAUUUGGGUCACUGAUGUCAUUCAGUUUCAUCCAUCAGUUGGGACAAAUAUGUGUAACUCGGGAACUGGAAAUAUUGGUGGUAGAUUGUACUUCACUGGUUUCAGGUAUUUUUUUUUUCUGUAGUAUUGUAUGUUCAUUAUUGAAGAAAAAUUAUGUGGACAUUCCUCAAGAGACUGUUACCAAUAGAGGAAUGUUGUUUCCAUUUCUAGUCUAAGAAAUGAUUUUAUUCAUGAAGUCAUAAAACACUAUGAAAAUGGGAAAAAAAAUAGUGGAAGGAAAAGUUUUUCUUUGUACUUUAGAGGGCAGAAGUUUUUGGCUUUGGUAGUCAAUCCAUAAAUGUAAAAGGGAAGUUUUACAGUGAUUGUUUAAUCACAGUAAAGAAACUACCCUAGUAUAUAAUGCUGACAGUUUUAAGUAGCACGGUGCUUGACAAAGACUUGACAUUCUUUGUACUUAAAUCCUUCCACUGUUGGACAAUGAAAUUUUGUAAAUAUAGAUUUGACAUUUGAAAUUUUAAUUUAUAGCCAAGUCAAUGACUUGCAAAAUGUGUUCUAGCUGACAAAAAAACCCUAAUUUUUUAAUCAAUGGAAAUGAAUAAUAGCAGUAAUACAAUUCAACAUUAAAUUUUUCUAAUGAGUCAAACUUUGAUGAUAUUUAUUGUGUAUUGAUUAUGUUAAUCACUGGUAGACUUGAGAUCAAAUUUAUCACUACAACAUUUUAAUUUUGGAACUAAAAUGAAUCAUUUCAAUGUUAAGAGCAGUAUCUGCAUAACAUGCUACUUAUUUAAAGAAUGCUUUUAUGUUUCAGUUUGGUUUAUAACUACCUUUAAGCACAUUAUUUAUAUUGUUAAUAUGUAGUCUUCAAACUAACAGGUCUGGUAUCCUUCCUUGUCUAUGUGGUGACUGCCUCUUUAGGAACAUGGAACCUGAGAGUGCCCGUUUAUUAUUCCAGCACUGUGACUUGGUAAGGCCUCUCAGUAAUUACUCCUAGCAGUAGAGGUUGCUUUAGGGGAAGAAAUAUUUUGUGAAAUAAUAUUGGUGGGGAGUAAUGUCACAAUAAGAAGCUGCCCCAGUUUCUGAAAUAAGUGACUAGUCAUUCCCUCCUGCUCGGGCAUCUACUUUGUUGUGUUUUAUGGCCCCAAAAAGUGUUUAGUUUAGAGUAGAGGAGCAUUGAAUCCUGGCAGUUAACCAUAUUGAGAAUACCACAUGUCUAAGUUAAAUUUUAUUUUUAUGUAUUCAUUUCUUUAGUUGGAACCAAGUUAUUUCUUCUAAUUUUGUUUUAUUGUUGUACAGUUUCUUUACCUUUCAAGUAUAAGCUUGUAUAUAAAAAUGUAAAUACAAGGGAUACAUUAAAGACCACUAAUAAUUCCUAUGUAAAUAAAAUUGUAAACAGAGUAA